AUGACGAAUCAAAAAAAACGGAAAUUCCUACUUUUUGCCAGUUGUCUGAGUCUCGGUGUGGCCCUCGUUUCCGGAAAUAGCAGUGUGGAAACUUGUGUUGAGGAGAGAAUCCUCUCCCGUCAGAAGAGAUACUUGUUAUUUCCAGAAGGUAGUAACGUGCAGUGUGUAUUCUGCCUGACGAUCGGAUCCCUCCCGCGCCCCACAGACCUAGUCCUCGGAUUGACAGCAGCUCUCGCCUGGGAGCUCCCACACAAAGUAGACAAAAAACUAACAAAAUUGCUGCAUCGUCAGAGUCGAAGUACCCUCUUCCCACGAAUCGAGGCAUUUCUCCAGUCGACUGGUCUUGAUGGGAGGUCCUGCGUACUCCGAGCGCUCUGUGAAGCCGGGCAAAGGAGCCGGGAGAUGGUUGGGAAGGGAACGUUUGUUCAAGAACUACUUCAUUCUAUUUUCAGAUUAAGACAUGAUGGUCAUCGAUUCGAUAAGUUUGAGCAUCGUGUCUAUGAUUCAGCUCAUGAAAGUACUGGCGACUGUGCUAAAGACUAUCCAACUUGUAAACACUCCAUCUACGAGCUCGACUUGUAA